AAAAAUUAUAAAAUGUUGCAACGACUGCUCGUAAAUUUUAACGUUAGAAUAUCUAGUAGGCGUACAAAUGUAUUGUUUGGUUUACCUAUUGCCAAGCAUUUGUGUCAUCACUGCGGUCACAGGUUAUAUUUCUCUCACAAGGCCCCAGUCUUUAGGAAUUAUUACGAAAGGGCUUCGCACAGUAGAAAUGGUUUAUUUAAUACGAAAACGAGGUAUUAUUCAAGCCAAGUGGACGUUAAAACUAAGAACGAACCGAUUGAAACGUCGAAAGUAAAUUCUACUAUUACUGGGUCUAAGAAAAUAAAUGUAAAAUUAAAGUCUUCGGAAUUGAAGCGAUUAUUUGGAUUAGCAGCUCCUGAAAAAUGGACUCUGACUGGUGCUAUUGGAUUCCUUAUCAUAUCAUCAAGUGUGACCAUGGCCGUCCCAUUCUCUCUGGGCAAAGUCCUGGACAUAAUCUACAGUAGUACAAAUGAUCUGGCAGGAGCAAGGGAAAAACUUGAUACACUCUGUUUGAUGCUCUGCGGAGUAUUCCUUAUUGGAGGCUUAUGUAACUUUGGAAGAGUGUAUCUUAUGUCUAUAUCAGGGCAGAGAAUGACACAAGCUCUCCGUAAACAAGUUUACAAUUCAAUAUUGCGGCAGGAACCCGCAUGGUUCGGUAAAACAUCCACCGGGGAGCUUGUGAACCGGCUAUCAGCCGACACACAGUUGGUGGGCCGCAACCUUAGCCAGAAUGUCAGUGAUGGCCUGAGAUCACUGUUUAUGGUUGGAGCGGGGACUGGCAUGAUGAUCUAUAUGUCACCAUCGUUGGCGAUGAUCGGUCUAUGCGUGGUGCCGCCCGUGUCGGUGCUAGCCGUCAUAUACGGUCGCUUCGUGAGGAAUAUCACGAGGCAACUGCAGGACAGCUUAGCAGAAACUAGUGAGCUCGCCGAAGAGAAGAUAUCGAACAUAAAAACAGUAAAAGCGUUCAGCAAAGAGCAGGCAGAGGGCGAGUCAUACGCGAAGCGGAUAGAGAAGGUUCUACAGCUGGCGUAUAAGGAGUCGCUCGCCGUCGGCAGUUUUUACGGGCUGACCGGUCUUUCUGGCAACGUGAUAAUUAUCCUAGUCCUGUACUACGGUGGCGGUAUGGUUGCCACAGAACAAUUGACGGUCGGCAACCUAACUUCCUUCCUGCUGUAUGCGGCGUACGUCGGCAUCAGUAUAGGAGGGCUGAGCAGUUUCUAUACGGAGCUGAAUAAGGGGAUGGGAGCCGCUACUAGGCUGUGGGAUAUUAUUGAUAGGGAGCCGGCAAUACCUACCACAGGAGGCCUAAGGCCCAAAGAGCGCCCAAAAGGCGAGAUAAUCCUAGAGAACGUAAAGUUCGACUACCAAGGCGCCCCGCUACUGAAAGGCCUAAAUCUACACUUGCACCCAGGACGGUCUUUAGCCCUAGUCGGUCGGUCAGGCUGUGGUAAAAGCACUGUAGCGUCACUUAUAUUGAGGUUAUAUGACCCUGUUGAAGGCAGGAUAUUGCUGGAUGGAGUGGAUAUUAGGGAGUUGGAUCCCGUGUGGUUGAGGAGUCAUAUUGGUUACGUUAGUCAGGAACCCGUGUUAUUUAGUGGAUCAAUAAAGGAUAAUAUUUUAUACGGAUCGUUAGAUGAAUUAGAAGAUGCCGAAGAACUAAAUGAGAUGGAUAAAGAUAAGAAAAUGCCAGCGUGGCUAGCAGCAGCGCGGACAGCACAUUUACAUGAGCUGGUUCGCGGCGGCGCCGGCAACGGAUGGUCGCGCAGUGUGGGCGCGCGCGGCGGACAGCUCAGCGGCGGACAGAAGCAGCGCGUGGCUAUAGCGCGUGCCAUUGUCAAGAACCCAAAAAUCCUCAUCCUAGACGAAGCUACCUCAGCGUUAGAUACGUUUUCCGAAUACCUAGUCGAUAAAGCACUGAAAAACAUAAGCAAAGACCGUACCAUGCUCACGAUAGCGCACCGAUUGAGCACAAUUCAGUCCGCCGACGAAGUAGCGGUACUCGACGGCGGAGUGAUUGUCGAAAAGGGGCCUUAUGCAGAACUCAUGGCCAAACAGGAGGGCGUUUUCAGAGAAAUCAUCACGCAUCAGCGAUUAUCGAAAAAGCCUCAAGAAGCGACGAAUGUUAAUGGAACAGUCACAAAUAUCAGUGGCAAUAUCGUAUAAAUUGUAUAUUUAAAUUACGAAAUUGAAUGUGAUAUACCAGAUUACUUUUUAUUCCAAUUUAGUUUUAGACUGUUGGUUGGUAUUUUUAAAAGUUGGCGAGUUUACGUCAACGUUUUAAAGAAAAUUUAUCAUAAUUUGGGGAGUAUAGGAUUUAAAUAAAUGUGAUCGCAUUUGGGUAUUGUGUUUGAUAUUUUCGAAACACACACCGUGCAGUAAAAUUGAUUGUUUUGUUAUAAGGAUAAAUUGUGUUAGUAGCACUAUUAAAAACAAACUGAAGGUGAAACUGCAAUGAAUUUUAUUCAAGCUUUGAAACUAUCUGACUCGUUUCAUGAAGCAAUCGAAUCUUGAAACACUUUUUGCCUAAUCACUUGAUUAGCUCUAAUCACAUCUGAGAAAAUGAUCAAUCAACUUUACAACGAAAAUGUUGUUGUCCAAGAUAAGAAAACUUACGCCAAGUUUAAAUUUAGAUAGUAUUUCUCUUUCUAAGAUAAUAAUAGAAGACUUGUUGACCUGCAAAUUUGUUUAUGAAUUUGCUAGUGCAGUAUUUAUCAGAAUAAAUAUUUCUGAAUGGACCGGCUAAAGUUUUUAAUUGUUGUAAGUUAUAUAAUUGUAUAAAUUUAAACGGCGCUAGAACUUGCAUGCAAUAUUCGAUUCAUCACUUCAGAGUACAAUAAUUUCAGUCGUUCUACCAAAUACCGCAAUAUAACUAAAAUUGCAUUAGUUCUUGAUCCGUAUAAAUGGCACUGUACAUAAUGUCAACUCUUCUACCAUUAGCAAACUGACAAUAGUGCUAUUAGUAAAAAUAAUUAGUAAAUUAUUAUCUAAGCGUAGGUAUAUAUAUGCCUACACCUACUUAUGUCGCUCAGAUUUGUAAAUAUUCAUGAGUAUAGUAAUUUUACAGUAAAUCUGUAUUAAAAUUUAGUUUGUCUUGUUUCCUGAUAGAUCUUUAUAAAACUGAGCGUAACAUUACUAUACGACAUACAUAGACAAGAGAUAAGGUAUAAUUACGAUUUCAAUGAAAAAAAUGUGUUCAAAUCGUAUUUGAUUUUUAUUUAUGACAGUUCAAUAUGUAUUUUUAGUCUUUACAAGUUACAAUAUAAACGGGUAGCGGAAUAUUUUUGUCUGAAACAAAUAAAUGGUUGUUGUUAUUUUUAUAA